CUUCAAUUCAUAGACAUAGAGAGAGAGAUGAAAGGGGUUUCGAGUGGACAAAUUCUUGUCCUUUUUCUCGUUCCACUCGUCUUAACCUCCGGCGUACUUCCGACGACGGCGGCAAGGGCCGUAGCCGGAACGACGACAAACACGGAGUUCAUCAAAACAAGUUGCAAGGCAACAACGUACCCAGAUUUAUGUUUCUCCUCUCUGUCAAUCCAUGCAAGCGCCAUCGGAGCCGACCCGGAGCUUCUAGCCCACACGGCGCUCGACGUGGCGCUCGAGAGCGCGCAAUCGACGUCGGCGGAGAUGGCUAAGAUCGCCGGCCGGCGCGGCUUGACGCCGAGGGAGAUCGGCGCCAUGCAAGACUGCGUGGAAGAGCUCGGCGACUCCGUGGGCGAAAUCAAACGGUCCCUGGGAGAAAUGAAGCAGAUGAAGGGUCCGGAUUUCGGGAUGAAAAUCAGCGACAUACAGACGUGGGUGAGCGCCGCCUUGACGGACGAGAACACGUGCACCGACGGAUUCGCCGGAAAAGCGAUGAACGGCGAGGUGAAGACGGUUGUCGGGGAAAAGAUUGUGAAGGUGGCGCAUAUGACUAGCAACGCCUUGGCUUUGGUCAACAGCUUCGCAGCUCUCCACAAUUAAUUAAUUACGGAGUAUUAAUUAGGUUGAACAAACAUCAUAUUACUCCGUAUAUUAUAGUGUAUGUUUAAUAUGUCAUUAGAAAAUCAUUAGCUCUAGCUUGUAUGUGAUUAAGGAUAUAAUUAGGAAUGAUAUAUGCUUGUGUGUAUAUGGAUCAGUUUGUUUACCAAAUGCCCGGCCCGAAUUGGGGAAGACGAUGUAGUGUUUUAAAUAUGUAUUGAUUAUUUUUAAAAAAAUAUGUAUUGAUUAAUAUAUACGUAGUAGUAUGUAAUAGGCUUUCUCGGUUUGAUUUUUACAAUGUGAACAUUUAUUAGCUAUGGAAGUUUAAA